CUUUUGUGUAAAUGAGUCAUACAUUGCAAUGCAUUAACUCAUUGUUGACAUCAAAAGUCGUAACGCUUUAUAUGAAUUGGUAUUAGUUUUGAUGGAUAUAUGAUAUGACUGUCAAUGACUGUCAAUGAAUGACCACUUGAUUACAAGCAAUGAACAGCUCAUUGAUUCCCGAAGUGUUGGACAAUAAACGCGUGUCAUAUGAGUGCACGUGUGGUUCACACGAGACUAUUCAUCGCAUCUAUUUCUGCAGACAUUGUCAUCAACUGCGAUGUCGACAAUGUGUAUCACAUGAGGUUGAUUCCCAAUAUUGUCAGCACUGUCUUGAAUACAUCCCAUCUAUUGACGCCAAACUCAAGAAGAAUAAAUGUGCCUCUUGUUUUCAAUGUCCCUCUUGUAUGCAUACGUUGACGACUCGUGCUAUCAUAACUCAGGUCCCAAACCCAACAGAUCCCACACAAACUCAACAUAAAAAAGUAUUUUAUCUCAUUUGUUAUUAUUGUCGUUGGUCUUCAAGAGAUAUUGGAAUUCCUGAUCAAUCAGUUGCGUCGGGUAAUUGGCCUGAAUUGGAGACACCGAACUGUAAACGAUUGGAUCAACUUUUCGAUAGAUACAGACUUUUGGCUCAAAAAGAAAAGUUGGACAAAGAGAAGAAGCGUAUUAGUCCGCGCUCUGCCAUUAUAUUACUCGAUAAGUAUGGUAUCACUCCAUCUCUGUCUCCUAAAGUGACGGCAACAUUGAGAGCUAAAAUGGCUAAAAGUAGUUCCGGUUUUUCAUUAUCUGAAUUAAAAUCGCCGACAGAUAUGAGUGAUUUCGAAAGUUCUGUUGCCACCGAUGAUGUCGAACCUCUUGAUAUUAAUGCUUAUUAUAAUAAUAGUUUGGAAAUAGAUUUAGGAGAAAAAGCGACUUUAAAUCAACAACUAAUGCAAGUGGAGUCACAACCGGACAAAUGCUCGCAAUUAUAUCCCGUCUCACAAAUGCUUUUAGUAAAACACUCGUUGAGAUGCAAACAAUGUGAUCAUAAUUUAAGUAAACCUGAAUACAAUCCGUCUUCAAUUAAAUUCAAAAUACAAUUAAGUGCUUACUAUCAUAUCCCUGAAUUGCGUAUCAAAUCUAUACCUUUGAUGAAAAAAGGCGAAGAAUUUAAACUGGAAAUGACAUUACAAAACCCAACCCCUUAUACACUUCAUGUCAAUAUUUUUGAUUUGGUCGACACUUCCAUAGAGCCGAGUGCUGGCAUCAAAGUUGCCGAAACAGAGAUGGUUUUGGCGCCCAAAGAUGAUACGGCAGAUCUGGAUAUCGAUCAGAACUAUCACUCGCAGUUCAAUGACGAUAAAAAUUUUAUAUCAUUUCGUAAGGGAAACAAAUUAGGGUUUUAUAUAAAUGUGUGUCCACUCAAAUCGGGUGAAUGUAAGUUUAGGUUAGGUAUGAAACAUGAUUUCAUUAAUACAGUAAUUCAAACAUCCAAAGAAAGUUCAGUUGAAAGACAGCCACAAAUUUUAUGGAUAACACACCAGAUUUGGAUCAAUUUGGGUGAUGUUCAAGAUUAAUA